AUGCGCAGUUCCCGUCUCCACUCCGACGGCCGGGUGCAUUGGAUAGCGGUAUAAGCAACAAGCCGGCGAGUGGAGACAAGCUUUCAUCCGAGUGAGUCAUGGCCCAGUUCGGGGGACAGAAAAAUCCGCCCUGGGCGACUCAGUUCGCCACCACAGCCGUGUCCCAGCCGGGCCACACGGCCCACGCGGCCCACGCGGCUCAUGCGGCUCAGUCUCUUGACAUCAAUUUGCACUCUCUCGGCGUGCAGCAGCCUUCCCUCCUGGGCGCCUCUCCUGCCGUCUACUCCCAGCAGUCGGCCUUGGCUGCCGCCGCCUCAAUGGGCAAUCAAUCUGCUGCCAAUUAUCAGUUGUCCCAGCAAACGGCUGCCUUGCAGCAGCAGGCUGCCGCGGCCGCUGCUGCCGCCGCCGCCGCACUGCAGCAGUCCCAGAUCAAUUCAGCCCUCCAGCAGUAUCAGCAACAACAACAACAACAGCAGCAACAACAGCAGCAGCAGCAACAGCAGCAGCAGCCUCCCCCACAACAGCCCCCGCAGCAACAAUUGUAUAGUGUGCCUCAUCAGCUUCCACAGCCUCAACCGGGAUUGCUAUCACAGCCGCCAGUGGCUUUGCCCACCAGCUUGAGUCUGUCCAAUCCCCAGCAGACGGCCCAGAUCACCGUGUCGUACCCGACGCCGCGUUCCAGCCACCAGCAGCAGCCGCAGAAGCAGCGCGUCUUCACCGGCGUGGUCAACAAGCUGCACGACACGUUCGGAUUCGUGGACGAAGACGUCUUCUUUCAGCUGAGCGCUGUAAAAGGCAAGACGCCGCAAGUGGGCGACAGGGUGCUGGUAGAGGCCGUGUACAACGCCAACCUGCCGUUCAAGUGGAAUGCCCAGCGCAUCCAGACUUUACCUCAGCUGGCAAACCAGUCGCAGCAGCAGCAGCCUUUACCUCAAGCUUCCCCACAGCUGGGCAACCUUUACAAUGAGCCGGGGAUUCAGCUGCGCUACUCUGACAUGCACCCCGCAGCGGACGGCAGACAAAAUAGCCAUCCUCCGCCUCCCAAUAUGAUGAAGGCUCCCCCCAUCCUUCAGUCACUACCUCCCCCAACCACGUUCAGUGUUCCGCCGCCGGCCGCUGCUCCUUCCUUGCUUCAGGCUCAGCUGUCCGCCGCCUCGCUCGGCCCUCUCCUCCAAAACCCGCCUCAGCCGCUGCUGCCGCAGCCGCCUCCCAAAGAUGUCUUUCCAGGGGGUCUCCUUCAGCCCCCAGUGAGACUCAUGCAACAGCCGCAGCCCGUGAGACGGAUUGAGCCGCCCCCUCGUUUUGCCCCUCGCAACGAUCGCCCUCCUGAGCUCAUCCUCCGUAGUAAAGAGGAUCGCAGCAGAGACAGAGAGCGGGAGCGCAGGCGGUCGAGAGAGCGCUCGCCGGUACGCAAACGCUCCCGGGAGCGUUCCCCGAGACGAGAGCGCUCGCCGCGGCGUCCUCGCAGGGUGGUCCCUCGCUACACGGUUCAGUUUUCAAAGUUCAGUUUGGACACUACCAGCUGUGAUAUGAUGGAGCUGAGGCGGCGCUACCAGAGUCUGUAUAUUCCCAGCGACUUUUUUGGCGCAGCUUUCACCUGGGUGGACGGCUUCCCCCUGACGCGACCCUUUCAGUUCAGCAACGUGUGCAACUUCCACAUAUUACACAAGGAAGUGGAUCCUUUUGUCAAGAAUACAGCCGUGCUGGAUCCUCCUGACGCCAACCACACGUACAGCUCGAAGGUGAUGCUGCUAGCUAACCCCAGUUUAGAGGAGUUAUAUCACAAGUCAUGUGCCCUAGCAGAAGAUUCCCAGGAGGUCAGAGACUCAUUCCAGCAUCCCGCAAGACUCAUCAAGUUUUUAGUGGGAAUGAGAGGCAAAGACGAGGCCAUGGCCAUCGGUGGCCACUGGUCUCCCUCUUUGGACGGAGCCGAGCCAGAGAAGGAUCCCUCGGUCCUCAUAAAGACAGCUAUACGCUGUUGCAAGGCACUCACAGGCAUAGAUCUUAGUCUGUGCACUCAGUGGUAUCGUUUUGCAGAGAUUCGCUAUCACCGGCCGGAGGAGACCCACAAGGGGCGGACGGUCCCCGCUCAUGUGGAGACAGUGGUUUUGUUUCUUCCGGAUGUUUGGCAUUGUCUUCCUACCCGCUCAGAGUGGGAGGCGCUGUCGCGGCGACUCCGGGAGCAGCUGGCUGAGAAGCUGUCGGCCGAGCGAAAGGAGGCGGAUGGAGAACAGGAGGAGGAGGACAAGGAGAGUCACGAAUCCAAGGACGUCUGCAUCCCUACUCACUGGACCAAACUUGAUCCGAAAUCAAUGAAGGUGAACGACCUGCGCAAGGAGCUUGACUGUCGCGCUCUGAGCUCCAAGGGCUUAAAGUCGCAGCUGAUCGCCCGACUCACCAAGCAGCUGAAAGUGGAGGAGCAGCUGGAAGAGUCCAAGGAACCCGAGAAGCCGGAAAUCAAACCACCCGAGGAAGAAGAGCCGUGUCGCACCGAGGAGGACAAAGAGGAGGAGGAGAGGAAGAGGCAAGAGGAGCUGGAGCGCCAGCGCCGGGAACGGCGCUACAUCCUCCCCGAUGAGCCCACCAUCCUCGUUCACCCCAACUGGGCCGCCAAGAACGGCAAGUUUGACUGCAGUGUGAUGUCCCUCAGUGUGCUGUUGGACUACAGGCUGGAGGAUAACAAGGAGACUUCUUUUGAGGUUUCCCUCUUCGCCGAGCUCUUCAACGAGAUGCUGCAGAGAGAUUUCGGGUACCGCAUCUACAAAGCGCUCGCUGCUCUCCCGGCCAAGGAUGAAAAGAAGGAGAAGAAGGUCAAGAAAGAAGCUGAGAAGAAAGAGCCCGAAAAACGGGAAAUGAAGAAGGAGAAAGACGAUGACGGCGACGAGCCAGUGGCGAAGAAAUCGAGAGAGGACGACGAGGCAGAGAGGAGGAAGGGCGACGACAAGGUUGUGAAGAAGGAGGAGUCGCGUGAUGAGGACGAGAACGAAGACGACGGCAGUCCGGCCAACGCAGACGAGUACGACCCAAUGGAGGCCGAAGACGCAGAUGAUGAUGAGGACGAUGACGACAAGGACGACGACGACGACAGGGAGCGAAGAGAUCGCAAGGAUGAUCGUAAAUCGCCCAAAGACAAAAAUUUAAAGGACAAGCAGGACAAGAAGAUGGUCACGUACAACAAGGACCUCCUAAUGGCAUUUGUUUACUUUGACCAAAGUCACUGGGGCUACCUGCUGGAGAAAGACUUGGAGGAAAUCUUGUACACGCUUGGGCUGCACCUUUCACGUGCUCAGAUCAAGAAACUGCUGAACAAGCCGGUAGUGAGAGAGUCGUGUUAUUACCGCAAACUCACAGACAAGCCGAACGACGAGCCUGAUUCCUCCCCGACUGAAGCACAAACGGAACUUCUCUUAGGCAACAGAGAGCUGCUUCCUGCUCCCAAAUCGUGCACUCUGUCCGAAACCAGCGAGUCGGGUAAUCUGAUCGUUUACAACGGCGCCAUGGUAGACAUUGGCAGCCUGAUGCAGAAGCUGGAGAAGAGCGAGAAGGCGCGAGAGGAGAUUGAAAACAAGCUCAUGGUGCAGGACGCCAAGAUGGAGGAAGACACCAAGGUGAAAACACAACUGGAACAAGAGAACAGGUCCUUGUCAAAGGAGCUGGAUGAGACUAAAAGCACUCUCAGGCAAACGGAGAAGACGCUGAAGGACGCCGAGGAGCUGAAGAGCAUCUACCAGGAGCAGUUCACAAAGACCUGCAAGACUCUGACAGACACGGUCAAAGGGCUGACGGCGGUCAUGAGAAAAGAUCAAGAUGGAAAUGAUGAGGGAAAUGUGCCUCUUCAAAUAAAUGGCGCUGAAGAAAAAAGCACCUCAUAAAUGAGCUGUGGGGAACCUGCGACCUGUGGGAUGUAGACGAGCGGCCCGCCAUGCAAAACUCAAAACGAAUAAAACCUCAGAGGAACUGAUAGGAAAAGCCCCAAAAACUUUCAAUCCACAAAUCUGUUUGAUUGUUGACAUACAAAGUUUUUUUGUCCUGCAUUUUGCAUGGCCCAAAGUGGGGAACAUGUUCUGCUCUCAUAAUAACUGACCUAAAACACUCAUUGGUUUGUAAAUAUUCACCAAAGCUAUUUUAAUUGUUUGGACCUUGUCACAAGUCCCGACGCGAGUUUAUUUGAGAAUGACUUCCUUUAUUGACCUGUACAUAUUUUUAUUUCUACCUUGUGUUGUCAUAAGCUCACGUUCUAACUUUUUUUUUUUUGCCAUCUGUUGUGCCAGUUUGUGUGAUAGUUGUGCUAUUGAGAGAUUUAGUUUUUUCUUCUUCUUUGUAAUAGGCAUUGCCGACGCUAUUUAUGUGCAAGAGAAUUCCUAAUGGACUAUAUUUAAAUGACAAUAGCUUUGAAUUUCACAAGGGUCGUGCUGUCUUGCCAUGUAAAUAAGACUUAAUCCACUGUUGGAAUCCGUGUUGAAUAAACACCCACGUUUGUUUUUCCUUUGUA